GUCUAAAAAAAAUUCAAACAAGAAAGAGAGAGCAAGCAUCGGGAGUGAAAACUUGAGGAAGUGGGUAUAUCAGGCAAAAGUUCUGAUGUUAUAAAAAGAAGUUGGGGAUUGGGAUACAAAUAUGUGGUGUGUGAACAUUGUAGGAGGCAAACUAACUGUGAGAGGAAGAGAGAAAUUUGGGGAAGUAGGAAAGAACAGCUAGAUGAGGGGAAUUGAGAAGCAAGGGAGGUGAGGGACAGCCUAUUACGAAAAGCAAAGGAAGUUCUCUACGGGUGUCACUGAAGGACGUGAGACAGAGACAUACACACAAGUCGUUACGUGAAAGGCACUUCAGAAGCAAAUCAUACAUUUCCCUGUACUUACCCUAAAAAAAGGGAAAAUGGCAAAAAGCAGUCUGUGAAGAGAAAAACAAAACUUUUUUUUAGGAAAAAGGAACAGUAAGAGACUGAAAUUUAAUUUGCCAUUGCUUUCCAACAGAUGCAUGGAUGUUGCCUCUUCUCUGACCUCACAUUUCAUUAGUAGGAAAUGGGCUGCAAACAGUGUAAAGAAGAUAAAGUGGAAAAGGUGGAGGAGAAUGCACUGGAGAUCCCCCAGAGGUAUUGUCCAGAUCCCACAAGCCAGAUGCCUUUUCGGAUUCAGGAAACCCACACACCGUUCAUCAGUGCUGGAAUAGGAGGGGUGAUAGCAGGCUCCAGCCAGAGAGGAAUGGGAGUAGGAGUUACAGGAGGGGUAACCCAGUUCAUUGCUUUGUAUGAUUAUGAUGCUCGCACAGAGGAUGACCUGACCUUCAAAAAGGGGGAGAAGUUCCAUAUUAUUAACAACUCGGAGGGUGAUUGGUGGGAAGCUCGAUCACUAAGUUCUGGAAAUACAGGAUACAUCCCCAGUAACUAUGUGGCACCUAUGAAUUCCAUUCAGUCGAAGGACUGGUACUUUGGAAAGAUUGGCCGGAAGGAUGCAGAGAGACUACUUUUGUGUGAGGGGAAUCCGAGGGGAACCUUUAUGAUCAGGGAAAGCGAGACAACUAAAGGUGCAUACUCCCUUUCUGUUCGUGACUGGGAUGCUACCAGGGGAGACCACGCAAAACAUUACAAGAUCCGCAAGCUGGACAAUGGAGGCUUCUAUAUUACAACAAGGGUCCAGUUUGAUACUGUGGAGGAGCUGGUGGAACACUAUAGUGAGUUCAAUGACGGGUUAUGUCACCUGCUUACGAAUCCAUGUAUCAACCAGAAACCUCAAACACUGGGGCUUUCAAAAGAUGCUUGGGAAAUAACUCGAGAUUCCAUCAGUUUGGAUAAAAAACUGGGACAAGGCUGCUUUGGAGAUGUCUGGAAGGGUACAUGGAAUGGUACAACUAAUGUGGCUGUGAAGACCCUUAAACCUAGUACAAUGUCUCCAGAAGCUUUCUUGGAGGAGGCUCAGAUCAUGAAGAAGCUGCGGCAUGAUAAACUAGUUCAGUUGUAUGCAGUGGUUUCUGAGGAGCCUAUUUACAUUGUGACUGAAUUCAUGACCAAAGGCAGUUUGCUUGAUUAUCUGAAAGAAGGGGAGGGACAUCUCCUGAAGCUGCCCCAGCUAGUAGAUAUGUCUGGACAGAUAGCAUCUGGCAUGGCCUAUAUUGAACGGAUGAAUUAUAUACACCGCGAUCUCAGAGCUGCCAAUAUUCUUGUGGGUGACAAUUUGAUUUGCAAGAUUGCGGACUUCGGCCUUGCACGCCUCAUUGAGGACAAUGAGUAUACAGCACGACAAGGUGCCAAAUUUCCUAUUAAGUGGACGGCCCCUGAAGCUGCUCUGUACGGUAAAUUUACGAUUAAAUCAGACGUCUGGUCAUUUGGGAUCAUGGUGUGCGAGCUGGUGACGAAGGGACGAAUUCCGUAUCCAGGUAUGAGCAACAGGGAGGUCCUAGAGCAAGUAGAGAGGGGGUAUCGUAUGCCUGCCCCCCCUGCCUGUCCACCUUCACUCCAUGAGUUAAUGUUACAGUGUUGGCGAGGGGACCCUGAGGAAAGACCAACCUUUGAAUACUUACAGUCCUUCUUGGAGGAUUACUUCACAGCCACUGAGCCCCAAUACCAGCCAGGUGACAACAUUUAAAAUGUGGCUAGACUUCCUUUAUGAUCAUGGUAAAACUAAAACUUCACCUGGGAUGGAUUAAAAAAAAAAAUAGUACAAGGAGAAUGUCCCAAAAGGAUCAUAAAGAAAUGACUGGCAAGUUCACCUUCAGGACUAAGCAAAGAUUAUUUGCCAGAGCUGUCGACUGCUUCUCUGCUAUAUCACAAGUUUAGGACUUAUAAUAAAAUAAUGUCAUACAUUAGAGACCUUGGGCAAGAUUAGGGCCAAAAAAAUCUCCUGGAGGGCCACAUUUAGCACACAGGCCUCCAGCUGGACUGGCCAGAUCUAUAACAAUGCAACCACAGUUACAUGAAAAAGCCAUCAUGGAGACCACGUUUUAUUGAUCACAGCAUAAUCUCAACCCCAAAGAAAUCACAAGAAACAGUGGCAGGUCCAAGAAUAUGUGAAAAUGGUAUAUAUAUAUAUAUAUAUAUAUAUAUAUAUAUAUAUAUAUAUAUGAAUAUAUUUUGUAUAAACAUUAUGAGAAUCCUUAUCACAAUAACUUAAACUGAUAUGCUGAGGCCAUGAAAGUUACUUUCCCAAUCAUGACCAACAGGAGUGGACAAAAAUUUUGUAGCAAGUGCAUGGGUGGACAUAGAAGCACUCCUGCGGCCUUUUAAGAGGAAUAGAUAUCUAUACAUAAGGGAUUCUUGUGUCUGCCUUUUGUGUAAUUAAAUGCUGUCUCAUGGGAAAAACCUCUUAAAGACGCAUGCUUUGCAAAUCUAUUCUGUUGUUGGGAAAAGUGAGCAUCUCUCAUUAUCUGGAAAUUACAACUAACUGAAAAAAAAGGAAAAAUUAUUUUGCGUGUGGCAAAUCGCAUGUUGUAGAAACCAUGUUGAAUACACAUAGAUGAUAUCAUUAACUAAUUUAUCUCUCUCACCACAUACAGAAUAGACGGCAGUGUAGGAGGAUGUGCAUUGUUUUACAGAGUUGGAGCUUAGAAGGAGCUGAUUAUGCAUAUAACCCAGUAUAUGGUUUUGACAAAUCCAAGUCUGUAAAAUACACAGGAACCAAUGUAGCAUCAGUCCUUACGAAUAACUACUAAAUUAUCUUCAUUUGCUGUAUUCAUGCCUCUUCCCACUUCUGUUUAUGGCUAUCUUACAUGUCUACUUUCAUUAUCAAGGAUGUCAGACUCUCAGCCCUUGUACUCUGGUUAAGAAUGCUGGGAUUUGUAGUUCAGAAGAGAUUUAUGGAUGCAAGUUGGAGACAUCAGGUUUAUUGAUUCUUCUUUUCCAAAAUGUCUGAAUAACUUUGUACCCCUAACCUUUUUAUCUUUCCCUAUCUCUCUCCUCCCCCAUCUCUGUCUUUCUCUCUCUCCUUCUCCCUCUCUCAGGGGUUAUGUUACAGACACCUCUCAGCUGAUUCAGAGGUUUUCACACCUCCCUUCUUGUGUAAAGUCCUCUCUCCCCCUCCCCCUAACUCCCAGGCUGGCUUUUUCUGCUGUGUGUGCAGAGACUGAUUGGCAUAGAACCAGCCCUUUCCCUCUAUAUACAGUGCCAGCCCCCCUCCCACACCCUUCACUGCUGGGGUUACUGAGGGGAGAAGGAAGAAAACAGGAGGGAAGGUGAGAUGAGGUGCCGGUGGCUAAUGGUGCAAGAAGAAGAAGAGUGGGGGGG